AUGUACAAUGGCACGUCAGAUGCAGCAGGACCCUCGACUGCUACACCAAGGCCUGCACUGAGACAGAUCGUCCAUGUCGAGGUGCGACAGAAUGCAAGAUCUACAGUCCGCAAUCGUGACAUGAAAUACGCCGUCACGCAGUGGAUACAGGCCAGCUUUGCUUCUCUGGAAUGCGAUGCAGACAUCGAUCCGGGGCUAUGGGCCAGGAUACCCACUCUGGCGGGCAAUAUCGAUGCAAUCAGGGUAACCGAAGGAGCCAGGGACCAUGAGAUCGUCCCAAUCUCCUCCUGCUCCCUGAGGGUUCACGUCUACCAGGGUGCUCCGAUAGACUCUGUGGAAGAGCUGGCAGCGGGAGAUCCGGACUCAGAAGAAGGUGGCGAUGUCAUGGCAGCUACCGUCACAGAGUUGCCGAGUAGCGGUCUAGAAGGGGUCUGGGAGAGCCUCAUAUAUGCAGACGAUGUCAAACAGCGGCUACUGAAGUACAUUCAUACGACUUUGACUUUCUCGGAUGCCCUGGUGGAUGGCAACAUUAUAUCUUGCAAUAGAGUCGUUCUGUUGCAUGGUCCACCGGGUACAGGCAAGACGACACUAUGCCGCGCCCUCGCUCAGAAGCUUGCCAUCCGGCUGAUGUCGCGCUACUCGCAUGGCAAGCUGGUCGAGAUCAAUUCUCACUCCCUCUUCUCAAAGUGGUUCUCUGAGUCGGGUAAACUAGUACAAAGGCUCUUCUCAAUGGUGACGGAGAUGGUCGAAGACUCGCACGGCUUCGUCGUCAUCCUCAUCGACGAAGUCGAGUCCCUGACGGCGGCGCGCGCUGCCUCUUCAUCUGGUACGGAGCCGUCCGACGCACUCCGGGUCGUGAAUGCCGUCUUGACCCAGUUAGACAAGCUCAAGACGAGACGCAAUGUCUUGGUCAUGACGACGAGCAACAUCUCCGAGAGCAUCGACAAUGCCUUUAUCGACCGAGCUGACAUCAAGCAGUACAUUGGACCACCAAGCGAGAAGGCGAUUUACUGGAUCCUCAGAGGUUGCUUGGAGGAGCUGAUGAAGAGAGGACUUGUGCAGACGACACGCCUACUUGACUUCCAAGCCUGUCAGCACCAACCCAACGGACAAGGUCUAGGCCCGUCGAUCUACUAUCCCUCAGCAGCAUCCCUCAGCGCUACCGAAGAUCCCCUCAAGUCCGGUAGCGCAGCAGUAGCAGCAGCAGCAGCAAACGGUGGUCGCGACGAAUCCGAGCGCUCCCAGAUCGCCUCGAUGGGUCUGUACCAGCUCGCGCACGACUGCGUCGGCAUCUCGGGGAGAGCUCUACGUCGUCUGCCCAUUCUGGCGCAUGCCCACUAUCUUGCUGGGGACGAGGGGGAGUGGGAAGGAGGAGAUUUUGAGGAUGAGGAUGGAGAGGAGCAGAGAGGUAGCGCUGCGCCUGGCGGAAGUGCAGGUGCAGGUGCAGGUGGAAAAAGGGGAGUACCGGUCCACCUUUGGAUUGAAGCGAUGCGGCGCGCUGUGGUGGAUAGUCGUCUGCAGCUAGAGGGAGCAGAGAGGGGCAGCGGUAGUCGUCUUGCCAGCGCCAAUGGCAAUAGCAACAUUGAUGGUGCGGGUGGCAUUGCGGCAGGUGCAGGACCCAUGGCGCAGUAA